AUCAAAUUAUAAGAUAUUUUCCUUAUAAAUAGUCCCAAGCAUUACAAGGUGAUAGCAAGCGGAAAGCUUCUCUCUACUGUCUUAUCUUCACUCUCUAUUCAAGAUCAUGGAUCCCUACAAGCAACGCCCUUCAAGUGCUUACAAUGCCCCUUUCUGGACAACAAAUGCCGGUUUACCGGUUUACAACAACACUGCAUCAUUGACUGUUGGAAAUCGAGGUCCAAUUCUCCUUGAGGACUAUCAUUUGAUUGAGAAACUUGCCAACUUCACUCGUGAGCGGAUCCCCGAACGUAUCGUUCAUGCGAGGGGUGCGAGCGCAAAGGGGUUCUUCGAGGUCACACACGACAUUACUCAUCUCACCUGCGCUGACUUCCUCCGCGCCCCUGGAGUUCAAACUCCUACCAUUGUUCGUUUCUCGACUGUUAUCCAUGAGCGUGGAAGCCCCGAAACCAUCCGAGAUCCCCGAGGAUUUGCAACAAAGUUCUACACCAGAGAAGGUAACUUUGACAUUGUGGGAAACAAUUUCCCCGUGUUCUUUACGCGUGAUGCAAUGGCGUUCCCAGACGUGAUCCACGCGUUUAAACCAAACCCGAAGUCACACAUCCAAGAAGACUGGAGGAUUCUUGACUUCUUGUCACACCAUCCAGAGAGUUUGAACACCAUGACAUUCUGGCUCGAUGAUGUCGGUAUCCCAACCGAUUACCGACACAUGGAAGGCUCAAGUGUCAACACUCUCACUUUAGUUAACAAAGAAGGAAAAAUUCACUAUGUGAAGUUCACAUGGAAGCCCACAUGUGGAGUCAAAUGUUUGAUGGACGACGAAGCGAUCAAAAUCGGAGGCGCGAAUCACAGUCACGCCACUCAAGAUCUUUACGAUUCGAUCCAAGCUGGUAACUUCCCUGAAUGGAAGCUGUAUCUCCAAGUGAUUGACCCUGAUCAUGAAGAUAGGCUUGACUUUGACCCGCUCGAUGGCACCAUGACCUGGCCCGAGGACAUCAUACCUUUGCAGCCCGUUGGGCGUAUGGUGUUGAACAAGAACAUUGACAACUUCUUUGCUGAAAAUGAACAGCUAGCGUUCAACCCGGGUCUUGUUGUUCCUGGGAUUUAUUACUCUGAUGAUAAGAUGCUUCAAGGGCGUAUUUUCGCGUACUCUGAUACCCAAAGGCACCGUCUCGGACCGAAUUACUUGCAGCUCCCUGUCAAUGCACCUAAGUGUGCUCAUCAUAAUAAUCAUUAUGAUGGAAACAUGAACUUCAUGCACAGAGAUGAGGAGGUUGAUUACUUCCCUUCGAGGUAUGAUCGUGUUCAACAUGCUAAGCAGUACCCGAUCAAUUCCCGUCAAGUUACUGGAACCCGUGACAGGACUGUGAUCCCAAAAUACAACGAUUUCAAGCAGCCCGGAGACAGAUACCGAUCAUGGGAUCCAGCCAGGCAAGAGAGAUUCAUUGUCCGAAUGUGUAAGAUGUUGUCUGACCCAAGGGUAACCCACGAACUCCGCAGUAUUUGGAUCUCCUACUGGACCCAGGCCGACCAGUCUCUGGGGCAGAAGAUAGCAUCACGCCUCAAUGUGCGCCCCAAUUAUUGAACACGGUUAUCUUGAGUUUGGGCCCGAUUAAGCUAGAUUGAUGAUCAUGCUAUAGGAGGUCCGUCUCUAAGAUUGUUAUGUUACACAAGCGGUGUUGUAUGUAUCAGUCCUACCUUUCGUCUGUAAUAUUUUAUCUUUUACUUAAGGAACCUGAAACUUAGAAUAAGCGCACACCUAGAUGUGUGAGUCACUGUGUUUCAGGUUCGGGUCUGUAAAGUGAAAGCCUAAACUUUUUUGGCACACAUGUUAUGUAAGUUGUUUUUCUUCAAAUGUAUUGUUGUUUUUGGCUAUCUAUUUGAUGCUUCUGUUCAUGUA